AUGCAAAUCCAGAUAUCCAAAGUUUGUCGCUACCCAAAAAUUUAUACUUUCGUUAUUAAAAUUCCUUUUUUUUUUUUUAAUUUCCCUUCAUCUUUCCUUUUCUGUCUUUUCGUUUUCUUUUUAUUCCCCCUUCUCUCUCUCUCUCUCUCUCUCUCUCUCUCUCUAUCUAUCUAUCUAUCUAUCUAUCCUGCUGUCAAUCUUACUCUCGGACAUUUAACGUUUUUCAUCUAUCUAUCUAUCUAUCUAUCUAUCUAUCUAUCUAUCUAUCCUGCUGUCAAUCUUACUCUCGGACAUUUAACGUUUUUCAUCUAUCUAUCUAUCUAUCUAUCUAUCUAUCUAUCUAUCUAUCUAUCCUGCUGUCAAUCUUACUCUCGGACAUUUAACGUUUUUCAUCUAUCUAUCUAUCUAUCUAAAUCUAUUUCUAUCUCACUCCUUUUCUAUCUAUCUCAGUCUACUUCUAUCUAUUUCACCCUGAGUCUGUCUAUUUAUCUCACUCUGUUUGUAUCUAUCUAUCUAUCUAUCUAUCUAUCUAUCUAUCUAUCUAUCUAUCUAUCUUUUCAGUUUCUGUCUAUCUAUCUAUCUAUCUAUCUAUCUAUCUAUCUAUCUAUCUAUCUAUCUCACUCAGUUUCUGUCUAUAUAUAUAUCUAUCUAUCUAUCUAUCUAUCUAUCUAUCUAUCUAUCUCACUCAGUUUCUGUCUAUAUAUAUAUCUCACUCAGUUUCUAUCUAUAUAUCUAUCUAUCUAUCUAUCUAUCUCACUCAGUUUCUAUCUAUCUAUCUAUCUAUCUCACUCAGUUUCUAUCUAUCUAUCUCACUCAGUUUCUAUCUAUCUAUCUAUCUAUCUCACUCAGUUUCUAUCUAUCUAUCUCACUCAGUUUCUAUCUAUCUAUCUAUCUAUCUAUCUAUCUAUCUAUCUAUCUCACUCAGUUUCUAUUUAUCUAUCUAUCUCACUCUGUUUCAUCUCUAUCUCGCUGUUUCUAUGUACCUAUCGCAGUAAGUUCUUACCAGAGAGUUGA